CUUGUGACCGGCGGGGGGAGGCGCGGGGGGAAGCCCGCGGCACCCGCCUCCAGGGGGCCCAGCCCCGCCGCCGCCGCCGCAGCCCGCGAGGAGCGGGUCCCGCCGCCGGGCGUCCGGGCGUCCCCGCGAGUCCGAGUCGCAGCCGAGUCAGAGCGCGAGCGGGAGCCGGGCCGGGCGCGGUGGGCGCCGCCCGCCAUGGACCACAAGCCCCUGCUGCAGGAGCGGCCGCCCGCCUACAACCUGGAGGCCGGCCAGGGCGACUUCGCGUGCGGCCCGCACGGCUACGGCGCCAUCCCCGCCGCCGCCGCCCCGCCGCCGCCCUACCCCUACCUCGUCACAGGGUUACCCACGCACCACCCCAGGGUCUACAACAUCCACAGUCGAAAUGUCACCCGGUACCCUGCCAAUUCUAUCGUUGUUGUUGGAGGCUGCCCUGUCUGCAGGGUCGGGGUUCUGGAGGACUCCUUCACCUUCCUGGGCAUCUUCUUGGCCAUCGUCUUGUUCCCCUUUGGGUUCAUCUGCUGUUUUGCCUUGAGGAAGCGAAGAUGCCCCAACUGUGGCGCAAACUUUACUUAAAGGGAACAGCACACCCGGCUCCCCACGCCCAGCUCCCUUUUUCUGAUGUAAAUGUCGUGUACAAUAGCUUUAUGGGAUUCAGCUUCAGGACUGUGCUGUAAAGGGAGGUGGGCGGACUGGGCGCUGCCAGGAGGAGCCGAGGGCACAGGGGGCGGGAGUGCGGACGCGCACGGCACUGCUCCCAGGUCAACGACAGCUCAAUAAAGCACUGCUUUUAUUUUUCGCAGUCUUCAAUUUGAGAAAGGUGAGAAAUACUGUUUUAAAUAAAUGAGAUCCAUACCAUUGUU